AUGGCUGAAAACAUGGUUCGCGAACCGCUCUCCCGCAUAGACAUCCUCAUUGCAGGUGGGGGCCUUGCAGGGUUAACCGUCGCCAUCGAAUGUCAUCGCAAAGGUCACAAUGUUCACGUUGUCGAACGUCGACCUGGUCUCGAUUCCUUCGGUGAUUUAAUCGGCAUCCAGCCCAGCGCACUAUGCACUAUGCGCAAGUGGCCCGGAUUCGUGGACCAGCUCUAUGAAAACCAAUUCGGACCCGAUGUCCACAUGUACAAGUUUGAUGGGACCCUCAUUGGGGUAUUCUCUAGCUUUAGUGACUAUGACCCGAGUACUGGCGAACGUGCUGUCAUUCUCAGUCGUCUGGAGCUCCAUCGUGCGUUGCACAAAUACGCAACUUCACUCGGGAUUUCUAUCCAGCAUGGGAUCAGCGUCGAACACUACUCCGAAACCAUCGACAAGGGUUGUGCUAUCCUUGCUGAUGGUACCAAGCUUGAGGCGGAUCUCGUCAUCGCUGCAGGCGGCGUGGGAGGUAAGGCAAGGAGUACCGUCAGUGGGAAGAAGGAACAGCCUAUCAGCAGUGGCUACACAAUCUGUCGAACCACCUUCCUACUUGAGCACGCAAUGAAGGAUCCUCUGCUGGCGAAGGUGUACGAAGGCAAUGGCUCCCAUGCAUCAGCUUAUAUAGGCCCCAAUACACACAUAGUGACCGGAAAAAACAAAAAUAUCGUUUGCUGGGUGAUGACCUACCUCGCGAACAAUGCCAAUGCCACCGAGGACUGGUCAAAGACCCGGAGUUCUGAUUCUGCGCUUAAACACGUGAAGGACUGGAGUCCGUUCGUCCCAGCUCUCAUUAACGCGGUGCCCAACAAGGAAGUCGUUGACUGGAAGCUUAUGUGGCGUAACCCGCAACCCAAGUGGACCUCCCAGAUGGGUCGAGUUGCCCAAAUCGGAGAUGCUGCGCAUAGUCUCCUUCCUACUAGUGGCAGCGGCGCGACCAUGGCUAUGGAGGAUGGUUUCACUCUCGCAGCUUGUCUUCACAUCGGUGGAAGGAAUAACAUCUCUUUGGCUGUUCAAGUUUACAACAAGCUGCGGUUUGAACGCGUCUCUUGUGUACAAAGGAUGGGAUUCAAGACGCGUGAAAAUUGGCAUCACACGGAUUGGGAUGCUCUAGUCGGCAAGAUCAUCGGUAACUGGCUAGCGAAGCACGAUUCAGAGAAAUAUGCAUACGACAAUUAUGCUGCGUGCGCGAAGCACAUAACGGAGGGCACACCUUUUGCUAAUACCAACACUCCUCCAGGCUACACCUACGAACCGUGGACAGUCGAAGAUUUAUUGAAGGCAGCGGGGGAGAAGACUGAUGUUCAGGAUGCUGGUGAUUGGUCUUGA